GAAGCGGGAAGAGAGCGAAGAUAAAAAGAUACGGAGGAGCACCGAAAACUUCUUGCGCGCGAGUUCUGAUUUUUUUACGGAAGCCGCAAAGGACUUUAGUUUUAUCCUGAAUUCGAACCAGGGAAUUUUAUUUCCCGCCUUUUAAUUUUGUUCCGAUGGAGUGCCGAGGACUUUGGAGUGCUUGGCAUCUCGUUCUUCUAUUCCUGUGCUCGACGACAUCAGCACAUUACCUCAGAGAACCUAAAAAUGAAACAAUUAGCAGUCAAGGCACCUGCUUCUACAAUGGCACCUGGUUCCAGGAAAAGGAGGAGCUGCCGACGCGAGGGCUGUGCCUCAUCUGUCACUGUUUUCCCGGAUUCGUGGAGCCGAACGCCUUCACCUGUUCCGUGAUUGACUGUCCCUGGGAGGACUAUCACAGGAGGUUCCCAGGAUGUACUCCUAUCUACGCAGAUAGGGACUGUUGUCCCAUAGGAUGGGAAUGUGAUUACGGAACCCAAAAUCCCGGCCAACAGUUGUCGAAAGCCUCUAACUGUGACUGCGAAUGGAGGUACCUGAAACAUUAUGAAGCCAAGGGGUGCCGUCCAGUGUACGAAGAAAAACCCCAAACCACUGAUAAACCGUCCUGUACUUGCCCUUGGAGGUUCGACUGCUCGCAAGCAGAUGAGAUUCAACCAAAUGACAAAGUCUGCGUUUACAAGAAGCAUGUGUACCCUGUCGGUUCAAAAAUUCCCACCAGCAACCCUUGCGAGACAUGCAGCUGUGCCACAGAUUAUUUUACUCAAGCUGCAUCCAUCUCUUGUACGACAACUGAAUGUCCUGCUGUCUACUCGCAAACCCCCUUACCUGAGGGAUGUCACUAUGUCUACAAAGAAGAUCAGUGCUGCCCCAUCAGUGUUGAAUGUCCUACAGCUCAAAAAGACAAUAUGUAUCAAGUGCCAGCGUGCGAAUACAAAGGCAAGAUGUACUAUGAAGGCGAACAAAUCUAUCCGGAUGAAGACCCUUGCCUGAUAUGCUUGUGCAACCAGAACUGGACUGGCAUUAACAGCAGCAGCUGUCGGCAACACGAUUGCAUGUUGGAGAGGGACGCCAGGAAGCUGAAGCAAGGGUGCAUCCCAAUCUACCACGAGAAGACAUGUUGUCCCAUUGAUUACCAUUGUGCUGACGACGAUUUUGAUUUCAAGCCAAACAGAGGAGCGAGUUUCAAAUCAGAUGAUGAUGAAGACGAGAUGUGCUUUUUCGAGAGUCGAUAUUACCCCAUCGGUCACGUCCUGGACAUCAAGCACCCUACCAACUGCGUCACGUGCACCUGCAAGACCCCGCCAGAUUUCACGUGCAUUCACAGUUCGUGCCCGCCGCCACCGAACAACGAUUACACUAAUUGCAAAGCUGUUUACAAGCCCCACUCCUGCUGCCCCGAUUACACAUGCGAAGAGAAAACUAGUACGUUGUGUCCCGAUCCGAUUUGCAAAGGGACCAACUGCUGGCUGGUUAAGCAGGCGGACGGUUGCCAGAUUUGUCGAUGCAAGUCCCGCUGCAUGCCCUGCCCUCCCAUGUGCCAGCCAGAGAACCCCAAUAAUGAGUGCUCAGGAUGCAUUUGCCAAAUCAAUAGCACCGCCCUCUUUGAUACUGAAAAUAAAAAGAAAGAGGAAGAACUGAAUGAAGAAAAGGAAAAAGAUUCUGUUCAACGACUCAUCCAAGAAUGCAAGAAUAUGCAAUGCGCUUCUGAUGAGCGUUGUAUGCUUGUCCAACAGACCUGUGAUAAAGAACCAUGCCUACCCGUUCCUAAAUGUGAAAAAGUAUCUUUUGGCUGUGGACAGAGCUCUUGUCCCGAAGGUUGCACCGAGAUAGGAUCCUACGAAAAUAACUGCCCACUCUGUUAUUGCAAGGAACAAAUAAAAGAACCGCAAUACAAGCUGACCUGUCGUGUGCAAUCUUGCGAAGAGAACUGCAUCCUCACUGGCCGAGAUGAAGAAGGGUGUCCCAUCUGCAAGUGUCCACAGGGAAAUCUGGAAGAAAGAGCGUGUGCAAGUUCACCAUGCAGAGGUUUCAAUUGCACUAUGGCCGUGAACUCUCUGGGUUGUGCCGAAUGCCGUUGCCAGUUGUCCUGUAAACCUAAAGAGUGUCCGGCAGGAUGUGAUCUGGACCUUGAUGUACCCGAAAACAGCGGACUGGAAUGUGGGUGUCAGUGUAAAAACUCAACAACAGCUGUGGAAUAUAUUCAUUCGAAGCCCAUUUUGGAGAGCUGCAGUGACGUCUCAUGCAAUGGCCUUAACUGCACGGUGGGGGAAGAUAAAUCGGGCUGUCCCUACUGCAACUGCAAGGCACCAUGUCCCGCGCCCGUUUGUCAAGAAGGAUGUCAAAUAGAGAAAACCACGGAGCCCGGAAGAUGUCCCGGAUGCGUCUGCAAACUCUCCAGAUCCAUACGAGACAACAAGGCGAAGGAGUGUCCUCCCCCCACCUGUUUGGGAUACAACUGCAGCGUGAUCACCGAGGACAACGGCUGCCAGAAGUGCCUGUGCGAGUCUCCCUGUGAGGAGGAACCGCAGUGUCCGGCCCACUGUAAACUCGAGACCAACGUGCCGGAAGGAAGAUGCCGGGGGUGCGUCUGUUCCUUCGGAGAGCAAGCCGAUGCAAACAACAAACCCGCAAGAGGAGGAGGCAAAGUUCCCGAAGGAGAGGAAACUGAAGGCGAGCCGGAGAAACGCGAAGACUUGGAGGCCGAUUUCAUUCCUUUGCCUGGAAAAGAAUUAGUGCCUGGAGUAGACAAGCUUUUCCUGAUCCACGGCGACGACGACCAAGAUCAGUUCGCUGGAGUGCCUGGCUACCACUACAACGGUGGGCAUGCCUACCCUGUCUUUGGAGAGCCCCUAGAGUCUGGUUUGUACAAUGUGGAUGACCACAUUCCUGGCGAAUUCGAAAGCAGCCUGGCUGAUGAGGCUCGAGAAGAAGUUGAUGAGGCGACGAGCGAAAACAGGAAUGAAGACGUGGAUUAUGGACACGAGGAAAGUUUCGAUCCAGAGUAUGCUGAGGAAAAGGCAAUGAAUGACGAAGAUGAUGAAAAGUGCAAGAAAAAGGAUUGCCCAGAAGGUCAGAAAUGCGUCAUAAGGAGACUGCAGUGCAUUCGUACACCCUGUCCGACUAUACCAGUUUGUAUUGACGUGGAGCCCCGCUGUCCCAUUCCCAUGUGUGCAAUCGGAUGUAUGGUCAUGAAAUGGGACGAUGAAGUGUGCCCAUCCUGCUUCUGUGGAAUCAUCAGAGGAGCUGAAGGACGGGUGUGCCCAAGGACUCGAUGCAUGGGACGCAGAUGCUAUAAUGUAAUUGGGGAUGAUGGCUGCCCACAAUGCAAGUGUGAUUCUAUUUGCAUUCCACCUAAGUGUUACGAUGGAUGCUACGUAGAGAAGGAUCCUCCACCAGGAAAAUGUCCUACCUGCACUUGUCCUGACAGACAUACCGUUGAACAACCCAUUAUUCCUGGAACAUCUCCUGCCGACAACGCAACUGGGCCAAUAAUAGACCAUGGAAGCGAAAACGAAAACCUUGAAGAAUCAUCAACAACUGAGGGAACAGAGAAGAGUGAUAUAAAUUUGGAAACUACAGAAGCAACGGAUGAUAUACAAGAAAGAAAUCCAGGCAUGAUCGCUGACGAACCAUCCCCAAGUUCACAUGCAAGACCUGAAUCAGGCGACAGAAACAAAUUAUUAGAUGAAGACAUCGCAGAUGAUUUUUAUAACAGUCUGGCAGAAAUAGAAGAACAAGUUAAAUCUGCAGAAUUAACGACGGUGACUGUAAAUCUACCAACUACCAUAGACGAAGCUGAUCUUUUGAAUAUAUCUACUGCAACGGCUUCAGAAGAAUCUAAUGCAGCGAUUCAAGAAAAUCAUUUUACAACGGAGGCUAAGGUAGCCGAAGAAUCUACCACAUCAUCAAGCGCUGGAGAUUCAGCUACAGAGCAAGAAGUACCAAAUUUUGCAUUAAAUUAUGCGGCUGAUGAAGCAGAACCUACACCCGUAAAACCUUGCAUGCUGAAACCAAACGUAUCUGAUGAUGAAGAAGAAGAGGCAGGAGUUCCACAGGAGUUGAUAACUUCUACGGAAGAACCGAUUAAAUUUAGCCUCCCUGAAGAAGAGAAAGAUAUCGUUAUUCCAACAGCAACAAAUCCACCGCAAGUUCCAUCCACUCGAAGGCCCCAAAGAAGACCUGUCCUAUCUAGGCCAGUUUCAAAUACUCCUAACAAAAAUACUGCUAAUCGCUUAAAACCACAAAAUGUGAAUAAUAAAGUUAAACCAAGGCCUCAUGCUACUUCUACUGUACAAACUAGACCUCUUUCGAACACUCAUAAUGAAUACAAAAGGCCUUCUAGCUCACAGUCAUCAUCAUCUAGUUCUUCUUACGGAUCGAAGCCUGUUUCUAAGCCACAAGUAUUUGAUCCUUAUUUAGAUGAAACCGAUCCUGAUGAUAUGAAACCUAUUUUAGAAAACUUGCAACAAUUGAUGUCCAAUUUGCAUCAUGUUUUGGCUAGUCAUCAGAAUCAGAGGCCCACUAAUUUAGAGGAAGCAUUUCAUAAUUUACAAUCGAGUUUAAAUGCCCCCACAAAGGUUCAAGAGAGUCAGAAACCAAAUGAUGUGAAGCAUUCACCUCAACACAGUUCUGUCGCUGCAACGAUAAGUGAACAUGAAAAUGGAAAUAAGGAAAAGAUUAACAACACGCAACAUGUCGACAAACUAGAAUCUAUUGAAGAAUCCCCAGAAAUUCCAAAGAAAGAUCCUGUUCCACAGAAAGAAAGUGCUGAAAAAUAUUCUGAACAAGACCAGAAACUUACAGCAGAUGAUAUCACCAAAAAUGUUACCGAGGAAGAAAAACCCUCACAAAGUCCUCAAAACGAAGUAGUUUAUCAAAAUGAUGGAGCACAACAACAAUAUUUUGUAAACCCGCCAAUUCUGCCACAUCAACAACAAUCUAUACAAAAUCAACAAGUGGUACCAACCAUAUUACACCAAGGAAUGCAGUCACAAUUUCAUGUGUACCCUCAAUUUCAAUAUCAAACUUCCCAAUCAAAUCUUCCAGGUAUAGGAAUGCAACCACAAUAUCCUUAUCAGAAUCAUUUGCAGUCAAUUUACACUGGAGGGCAAGCUCCCAUUUUCAGUAGUCAACCUCAAGGUCCUUAUUAUCCAUCCAUACAGCAUCCAUCGUUUAUAACAAAUGUCAAUCCUUUCCAAUCAGAGACAUUUGGCCAAACUCAACCGAAUAAGCAACACCUACUUUUGACAAAUAUUCCUAUUCCACCAUCUCUUCAGCAACAACUGAACGCGGGUACACAAACAUUGGGUUUCUUGCAGCAUCUCUUCGGUCCAAAUAAUCCUUUUUAUCAACAACAGUUAUUACAAAUGCAGCAGCAGCAACAACAAGGACUCUUAUCUUCUGAUAUUAAACCUAUUAAAAAUGAGGAAAAUAAGGAAGAAUCAAAUUUAAGUGAUACAAGUUCUUCUUCUAAUGUUGAAGAAGUCAGUAAGCUAGAAGUCCAGGAAGCUCAACAACAGAAUAUUUUUUCAAAUGUUCAGUCGUCUUCUGAAUCACCAAAAGACGAAAAGGCAGAAAGCCAGCAAUAUCUUUCCUCAACAGGCGAACAAACUCUUUUAUCUUUCUCUCAAACGCUACAACAGGAUAAACAAAAACAACAGUUAAUUAGUUCAGAACAGGAGAGUAUUCCCGUCCAAGAGCAGCAUGAAACCAAUUCGUCGGCCGAGGUCAGCCAGUCAACCGUUGUUAGUUCAAAUCAUCGUCCAAGUGUUCAGUAUUUAGAUCAAAACAAAGAUGAAACUUCAACGGAAUUACCACCUAUGCCUGCCUUUCCUCUUCUCUUAGAUUCUUUAGAUUCCAAAGAAAAGAAUGGAAGCAUUUCAGCUGAAAAAUUUGAAAACCAAGAAAUUCAUUCGUCUACUUCUCAGCCCGAUGUAUCGAUCCAGUUCAAUCACCAUGCACCACAACAGCCUCAAAUUACUACUGCUGACAAUAGCACAACUGAACCAUCUGCUUCAAAUUUGCAGAAUGGCACAUCUAAUCAACAGCAGCAAAUCUUUGCGUUUAAUGCUUUUUCACCACACCAACAGUUGCAACAUUUAGAAAAUAUAGCUCAACAGUACCAAGACUUGCAAGAAAGGUUUAAGCAACAGCAGCAACUGCAACAUUUAGAAAGUAUAGUUCUGCAGUAUCAGCAGUUGCAAGAACAGUAUGAUCAAAUACAAGCUGCUUUACAAAAAUAUGCAUUAAUUCCAAAGAAUUCUUCGAAACCGCUGGAUGAUAUUGAUGGAGAAAAGCAACAAUCUGAGCAAUCAAUACCACAAGUAUCAAAUACAAAUACUGCUCCGUUUCCAUCUCAACAACAGGCUCAACAAAGUUUUCAACAGACAGUUAAUACAGCUUCACAGGAACAAACAGAAGUAAAUGGAAAUGAUAAACCCACAAAUCAAUAUAAUAUAGGCCAAGAAAAUGCACCACCUUCGAUAAACAGCAAUGUUCAUUUUCAAUCUACAGAGGGAAAAGAUAACUCACAACAAACACUUGUUCACCAGAAUUACAUUAGUAAUCACAAUGUACCAUUCUCAGGGCAACAGCAACAAGUACACCAAAAUGUGUUGCCUACAGCUGGACAAAUGCCAUUCGGCCAGCAAGGAACGAUAGCAAUAGAGCAAACUAAUUCUCAAAAUACAGCUUUACCUUAUCAGCAGCAACAAACUCAUGAUCAAACUCAAUACAAUUUACAAGGAGUACCUUUCAACCAACAGCAGUCUGUAAACCAACACAUUUCCUUUGGACUAAUACCUGCAGCUAUAAAUGAGCAAAUCGUACAACAGCAGAAUCAACAAGCACAGUCUAAUGCAUUUGAAGCUAAUUUCAGGCCACAGCAAAGUGAACAGCAGCAACAAACAAAUUAUAUUCCAAAUCAGCCACAGACGUCAUAUCAGGAAUCAAUAAAUGUUGCCAUCCCAAAUAUUCUGUCAUCUCAACAAUCUAGUACUAGUCAAAUAAGUGAUCCUAGCUCUUUUGUUGUUCAUACACAACAUGCACAUAGGCCUCAGAAUGUGUUUGGUCAAGACGUUGUAAAUCAUCAGUUAGCUCAAGCUCAGUUAAUAAAUAAUCAAGAGCCAUUAUCAACUCAAACAGAUACUAAUUUUCCAAGACCGAUAAUGCCUGUUGCUACUCACAUAAAUCAACAACAAGCACAGAAUCAUUAUGAGGUAACCGAACAAGGUUUGAACAAUCAGCCUGGAAUUUCAGAAGUUCCAGUAGUGCAAGAAUCAUCUAUUCAGCAACAGAAUACUUAUUUCCAGUAUAGACCCGCCUCACAACAACAAACUUUGCACGAACAAAAUGUAGUUCACUCAACUCAGCAUUUCAUUAACUCGCAUUAUAAACCCAUUAUACAACAAAACAACAUCACACAACAUUUCCCUUUUAAUCAGCAACAGAAUUAUUUGGCUAAUCAACCUAUUUCAGCUACUCAACAAUUCGUAAACGCUGAUGAUAAAACUGAAAUUCAACUUAAGGUGCAGAAUGAAACCAAUUUAACAGAUCAUUCAAUCAAUGCUUAUGAUCAUAUUACUACCUCUCAACAUGUUCAACAACCACCAAUAAACGUGAAUGCCGGAUGGAACUAUGCUCAACAGCAAGCUAAUCAACAAAUAUCUCUCAACUUACAGGACAAUAAAUUGGAUCAAAAUCAGCAACAAGUUGCUUCUGCUGAAAUAAAACCCAUCCUUCAACAGAACCAAAACCAGAACAACUUUACUUCUAACGAAAAACCUAUAGUUGAUCCUUAUCAAAGCCAACAGCAAUAUUUACAGCAACAUGUUCAGCAACAACAAACAAUUCAACACCAGCAAACUAUUAACCAACAAUAUUUAGUACCACAACAAACAGGUCAACAACAGCAGUUUGGUCCAAAUUUAGCACCAUUGGGAGCAGUGCAUCAACAACAGUAUUUACAGCCACAUCAGCAAAUUCAUCAGCAAUACUUUACUUCUAACGAGAGACCUUUAACAGAUUUAUAUCAAAAUCAACAACAACAUUACAUUUUAGGAGAAAGACCGUUACCUGAAACUCAGCAAGGGCAUCAACAAGUAAUUUCUAAUCAAAAUCCUAUACACGAAUCUCAACAAGGGCAGCAACAAUAUAUUCAGCAUCAAACAUAUCAGCAACACCAAUUCAUUUCUAACGAGCAACCAUUACCAGGAUCAUAUCCAAUUCAUCAACAAUAUCAGACACAUAUUCAUCAACAGACCGGCCUACAACAACAACAGUAUAUACCACAACAGCAUAAUAUUCCGCACUUAAAUCAGCCGCCUGUGAAUUUACAACAGCAGCAAAAUAUUCAGCAGCAAUAUUUCAAUGCAAACGAAAAGCCGAUACCAGCAGUCAACAUUCAGCAGCAAUUUGUUAGCACACCUGAAUUGCCACUGUCUUCUGUGCAGCAACAGCAUGUUGCUACUAAUGAACAGCCUAUAAUUUCUUCCCCUGUCGUUCAGGGUCAACAUCAGACUUUCAAUGGACAUGAAGUGCCUGCAUAUCAAGUACAUCAAUCUCAAUACCAACAGCCUCAAAUCAUGCAUCAGCAGCAAUUUGUUUCUAACGUGCAUCCGCCAACUCUGUCACAGCACGUUCAGUAUCAACAACAGCAGCCUACUCAACAUGAUGAACAAAACGUACAAUCGCAACAUUUUAAUGCAAAUGACAAACCAUUGUUGCCCUCUCAAUUCCAACACCAGCAACAACAUGCGCAACAACAAUACUUAAAUGCAAAUGAAAAGCCUCCAACGCUUACACAAGUUCAACAACAAUUUUCUGUUCAGCAUUCCUCAACAUAUGGCCAGUCAAAUCAACAACAGCAAAAUGUCCAACAACAUGCUGUGAAUGUAAAUCAGAACGCAAUGCAUCAAAAUAAUCAGCAAUAUUUUGUAUCUCAUGAAGCACCUAUAAGUCCAGUUAUACCUGUUCAAGAUAAAAUUGAUCAAAUACAGAAUAUCAGUAUUCAUGCUAACAGACCUCUGAUACAAUCACAACAGGCAUCCACUUCUCAAGAACAAGGGCAUGUAAAUGUAGAACAAUUUUCGGAUCCAAACGAAACAUUGCAUCAACAAUUCCUGAUUUCAGAUAACAAUGAUCCAUCGCAACAAGAAUUUAUAGAUCAAGGAGAUUUGGAAACUCAAUUUUCAGAUGAAAAUGCUGAUCAAAUUGAGUAUUCCAGUAACGAAUCGGAAAAUCAACAAGCACAAGAUAAUAUUCAAGUUGCAGAUUCUUCAGUUCAACAACAUAAUAUAGAAGACAAAUACUCUGCUUUGAAGCCCAUAGCUCAGAUAAUAACUGCAGAAACACAGUCGAAUCAACAAAAUCAAAAUGAAGAUAACCUAUCAAUUCUUGGACCAAAUGAAGCCGCUCCUAUACAGCAAGUCCUAGAAAACCUCAAGAAUAAUGGCACUUCUGAAUUACACUCACAAAGUAUCCCACAGGAACCUCCAGUCCAACAGGUUCAUAUAAGUACCCAUGGCUUGAAAACUCGUCCAGGUGCUGUUGUUAGACCACAUUUCCCCAUUAUUAGCUCUACAACUACGACUACCACACCUGCUCCUAGUGAACAUGAUUUGUUCCCUGCACCCUCAAGACCUAUAAACAACAAGCCUGAAAUUCAGCAACAAGAUUGGUUUGAUCAAGAAUUUGUGGAAGAUGAUGUCCCACAGGAAUCGGAAGUCUUCGAAUAUGAUGACUUUGAAGAACCCGAAUCCACAACAAUUGUUGUUACAGAACAGUCGCUUGAUCCGUACAGACAACCAAUUGCUUCAUCAACUAAACGUCCUGUCACUCAUUUUUCACGACCAACUCCCGCUCAGCAACCAUUACAGCAUGAAAUCAUCGAAAAUUUCGACAAUCACCAACCUGAUUCUAUAAGAAAGCCUAUCGAUCAACAGCAGAUAAUUGACGAAUUUAAGUCCACAUCCCAAAAGUACUUUUUCCAGAGAACUUCGACUACCCCGAGACCAUUUACAUCUGAUAAAUUUACUUCUUUCUCCACAGUUUCUCCGACUGCAGAAGCUUACUCGGUGUCCAAGUAUCCCACCAAGACACCCUUAAGUCCUAUUCCGUCCUAUCAAUGCCCAACUCCCCACUGCAACGGAUACAACUGUUCACUCAUUCGAGGAUCUGAUGGAUGCCAGAAAUGUGUAUGCGAUUCACCAUGCGCGCCUUGCCCACAACACUGCGUGAAAACCAAGACACUCUCCGAGGGUCGUUGUCCAAUUUGUGAUUGCACAGUUGCACCACCGGUGGCAUUAGCAACUCCGGUUCGUCAUUGUCCUCCUGUGGACUGCAGUGGUAAAAAUUGUCGCAAUGUCAGAGAUAACGAUGGCUGCAUGACCUGUAUCUGUGAUCCCAAAUGCGUCGAGCCCCAGUGCGAUCCAGGAUGUGAAAUCCUGAGAGACGUCCCUCCUGGUCAGUGUCCUGGAUGCGUCUGUAAAGUGACCGUUGUUCAAGCUGUGGUUCCUAGACCCCGACCCUGCUCUCCGGUGACCUGCGGCAAAAACUGCAAAGAAACCAGAGGACCCGAUGGUUGCCCACAGUGCGUGUGCCAUGCCGAAUGUCCUCCGCUCAAAUGCGAUCCUGGAUGCACAGUGCAGAAUGACGUGGCAGCAGGAAAUUGUCCUACAUGCGUCUGUUCUAACUAUGCUGAUGAUGAUGAUGAUGACGACGAUGAUCUGUAUUGCCCGAAUUUGUUCUGUUCCGAGUACGGUUGCAGAGAAGUUCCGGGCCCUGCUGGCUGUCCAAUCUGUAUGUGUGAUCCAGUUUGCAAGACUCCCGUCUGCGACCCGGGCUGCCAAGUUAUUUCGGACAAGUAUCAUGGCCGCUGUCCUGUGUGCUUGUGCUCCAAUCCAAUAAACGGAACCUCCGCUUCUGAGCCGAUUAAAUCAGAGGAAAGUAUUAAAACCGUGCCUGUGAUUGCCCAGCAAGAGCAACAAGUACCAGUCACAUUCUCCGGCGUCGUAGAAGCAGUCGUAGCAGAAGAGGAGACCACAGAAUCCACGUUACACACAACAGUGACCGUGGAACUAGAGACGGAGCCUUACACUGAAGAACCGACAACCACCGAAGCUACAACGACAACUACCGAAUCCCCGACUUGCCCCGCCCCCGUGUGCUCAGGGCUGAGGUGCAGUAUGGAGAUGGGUGAUGAUGGCUGCGAAGUUUGCAAGUGUAAAUACAAGUGUCCCAAGCCCAAAUGCGUUGGAAGCUGCUACGCAGAGACAAAUGCACCGUCCCACCGAUGUCCCGGCUGUGUAUGUCCAUCUAGGUCGAAGCCGUCUAAAUACUAGAAAUGGAAUACCACGAGAUCCUUCAAAACUGCUGGUCCAGUUUUGAUUUUACACUUCGACCGUGAAAAAAAAAUUCUCAUCCAGAAGUGAUACAUCUACCAUUCCAUGGACAGUGAUGGACGCAUUUAUAAGCUUACAGAAUGAAAAAAAAUUACGUUAUAUCAGCAAAGAAUUAUAACAAAAGUUACAAAAGAAUAAUCCAAGAUUAUAUUCAUAUAGAGAGUAUCUGUAAAACCUAUUUCUAUUCAGACUUCCACCAUAGGAAAAACAAAUCUCAGCACAUAACGGAUUGAUCCUGAUUUCCAAUAGCUUUUUUGAACAUUUUUAUAUAUUAUAUUUUCCCUUAUGAUCAAAGAAGAACAAAUUGCUUCUGUGCCAAAAAUUACCAGGCAUUUUUUAUCCAAUGCUACUUAAUAAGGAAUUACACAAUUCUAAUUUAGAAUAAUAUAUAUAUUCAUUUUAAUACACAUUUUUAUAUCAAUUCUGUAUAAAUUGAACAAGUCAGAUGUUCUUUCUCUUGUUAUAAUUUCUUCGUCCUAUUUAUUGUAAACCUUUGAAAGAGUUGUGUCUUAGGGAUGGCUAUUUGUUAUUUAUUAUCAUUUGUUCAUUCCUCACUAUUUAUUUAUUUAUUUGUUUAUUUAUUUAUUUAUUUGUGUCCCUUCUCACCUCAAGAAAAAACUCAAAGUUUUGCUCAUUCCGUCACUCUCUCAUAGUGUGUGCACACCACUGCUCUAUUUUUCUUGCCCUGUACCACACUACUCGUCGCCGUACCAUUACUAUACAGCCUGAAUGAAGCAGCUGCGUACAAUCAUCCUGUGAAUAACUUUUAACGAAGCGUCUGUAAACUAGCUUUAGCUUUUAGUUCAGCAGAGGAACUUGGAAUUGUAUAUGUACAUAUGGAAGAAUGUAGAACAAAAAUUUUUUAAACCACAUUCCCCUCGUUCGAAUUUUAUUUAUUUUCAAAUACUCCAGCCUUCAAAACUUUUACUUCACAUUUAGAUAAGCAUUAUGUUUAACUUAGAACUAAUUAAAACAUAUAUUUAAUAAACCAUCUUUACAUAAUUAUUAGUCAAACAUUCUUAUCAAUUAUCACUUUUUUAAUUAUAUUUUUUUUCUUUAAAUCUUCUUUUUUAAAAAAAACUAUUUCUUAAUUAUAUAUAAAAAAACGUAUACGAAUUAAAAUUAAUUUUGUUUUGAAAAUUAAUUUCUUAAGCAAGUGAAGGUCAAGUGCAUUUUACAUUAAAAUAAUUGUAGAUAUAAUUCGAAAAUAAAAAAGUAUAGUUCCUGAAAUAUUUUUAAAGAUAUUUAUAAAUAUAUAAAUAAAUUUAUUCAGAUAACAAGCAUAUUAGUAAAAAAAAUGCUGUUUUCAAUUUAUGUUUCAAUAAUUUAUUAUAAAAUAGCAUUUUUUUUCAAGCUUUUUUUCCAACUAACAGCUAGCAUUUUCGAUUGCAUUUUAUUAAUUUUACAAUAAACAAUAAUUUUUAACUAGUAUCUAUAUGUGAAUUCAAACAUUAUACAUGCACAAAAUAGUUAUAAAGCAGUUAAAUGUAAACAAAUACAGCAAUAAAGGAAUUAAAUAUAUUAUUAAAAAUAUGUUUGUACUCCUAUGAUAUUAAAGCAUAAAAGUGCAACACUAAAUGCAGAUGAUACAUUGACAUCUGCAACUAAUAAUAUACGAUCCUUUGUUGAUUAUUAUUUUAUAGGAAGAGAAAAAUCAUUUUGUAAAUUUUUAGUUCAACAAAUAUAUAUCCAUUUAUAGAAAUAUUAUAUUCUGCUAAUAAUUUUUCAAUUCUUAUAUGAACAUUUUUUCCAUGAUUUUUUUUAAAAAUUUAUCAGUCUUUUAAGAAUCAUUUAAAAAUUUCAUUAACUUUCAUAUGAUUUUAUUUUUUCAUUUAUCAAUAUCUUACGAAUUGUUUAAAUUUUUUUUAU